GAUUGCAACCCGAGAGUAUAACAACGUGGCAUUUUACCAGCGAACCAUUUACGCAUGCUCACACUUGUCCAGCUUUGUUCGUUCCUCUGUCAACAUGGCGGUGAGUUGGUUAGGUUUUGUGGCCUUUUUGUGUAUUAUUUUUGCGAGAUCAGGUCUCUCCCUAUACUUUCAUAUGGGUGAGACAGAAAAGAAAUGUUUUAUUGAAGAAAUCCCAGAUGAAACAAUGGUUACAGGUUAGUUAGGCUACGUCUUUUUGUUGCAAGAAAGUUGUAUAACAGUUGUACUUUGUCUGGUACAGCUACUACAAUUGUUAUAUUAGAGGCAACGUGUAACUGUACGUAUGUGUAACAAACAGGAUUUGUUAAUAUGAGUAAGGGACGUUUUCCUAUGUGAGAUGUGUGUGUUCUUAUUUAUAAUGCUUGCUUGAAAUUCUGAGAUUCAAAGAUUGCAGUCAUUUGCAGACUUUUAUUCUGGUGGCAGGGGGGUGUGGUAGCUAGGGUGGAUAAGGGGGGGGGUAGUAACUAGGUGCAUAAAAAAUCAAAAGAUGUUACCACAGAGUAAACACUUUCAGAAAUCUGACUUACUGUCAGUGGCUAUGAUUUUGGCUAACUUUGCAAAGCUGUUGCCAUUUUCCUAGCCAAUGCCAGGGUUCCACUUUUCAAAUUGAAAUUAUUACUGUCAAAUUUUCACAAAGGAAAUUUGCGAGUCCUCUCAAUUUGAGCCAUGAACUGAUCUGUUUUAGGAAAAUAUAAAACCCAACUCUAUGAUGAAAACAUUAACGACUUCCUGCCGUCCAGUCCUGGCAUUGGAAUGCAUGUUGAAGUGAGAGAUCCCAACGACAAAGUCAUCAUGUCUAGAUAUUUCUCUGCCGAGGGAAGGUUCACUUUCACAUCACACGCACCAGGAGAACAUAGCAUUUGUCUUCAUUCAAACUCGACAAGAUGGUCAUUGUUUGCUGGGGGCAAGUUGGUGAGUGGAUAAAACUUUGGUUUUUGAUAGAUAAUAGAAUAAGAAAUCAUGUCUAAUUUAUCAAAUGCUAAUAGUAUAGUUCCAUGAAUUUGAAUGUGGUAAUAGUAAGGAGAGAUGUCUUUUAUAAAAUAGAUAAAAAAUGCAUACAACCAGCCAAAUUCUGUACACACAAGUCUGAUGAUGUUACAUUUGUAUUCCAGCGGGUACACUUAGACAUCCAGGUUGGUGAGCAUACAAAUGAUUAUACAGAAAUUGCUGCCAAGGAUAAGUUGACUGAACUUCAAUUGAGAAUCAGACAGUUGUUGGAUCAAGUUGAGCAGAUUGGUAAAGAACAAGCUUAUCAAAGAGUAAGUGACGCUUUAAUUAAAAACCUCUUCAAUCAUAUUAAAGUAUGAAACAAAUAUAGUGUUGGGUUGAUUAUUCUUCAUUUCACUUCAGUAUCGUGAAGAAAGAUUCCGAGCUACAAGUGAGAGCACAAACCAACGUGUUCUUUGGUGGUCACUGGGUCAAACUCUGAUCUUAUUAUUAACUGGAUUCUGGCAAAUGAGGCAUCUGAAAGGUUUCUUUGAAGCCAAGAAACUUGUAUAGUAGCAGAAUUAAAACUGAUUAUUUUAUUAGAAUUAUCUCGGAUGGGUAUUAGCAUGUUUUUAUUAAUUUCAGUCAUUGUUAACAGUUUUUCUGUGAUGUUGGUCGGACAAAAGUUAUUUGUUUGCUAAGUGAUGUUAGUAUCCCUUAAUUAAUCAUGGUUUUAGUUUUGUUGUGGUGGCGUGUUAAGAUAGCUGAUGCUAUACAGUGUCAUUGUAUUUCUAGAUUAAUUAAGCCUUCAAUUGGCGAUUACUAAAGAACAAACUACGAAGCAAAAAAGCUACGUAGCUACCGUGCCCCCAAUUAAGACAAGCUGCUAAACACUCAAUCAAAAUGAUUUAGUCAUGACUGCUGAGAGAGAAACCAGGCUUUACUGCAAAGCCAAAGCAAUGAAAAGCUCUUUAAGUGCCUUGUUGUUUGAUGCUUUAAGCGUGUGGUCACCUAAUUUUUUGUUGGUUUUAUGGUUUAUUCGCUUGGUAUUUUGAAAUAAAUCCAAUAGUAGUAUGUACAAUGCUUGUAUGUUUGCACAUGUACAUCUGAGUAUUAUAGUAGUAAAUAUCAUAGAUUUUAAAUUAUAGCAGUCUUUAAAACCAAUAAAAAACUAACGAACAAAGUUAAUUUAAAAUAUUUUAUUCAUUGAACAUAUUUACAUGCUUCUUUCUUUUGCUGUAAAGUUUCUGGGUUUAGGUACAAAAAUUAGUGUUUACCCAAACUUAUGCAAAAACAAAACUUAUCAGAAAGUCAUAGCUCGACAUUUUUACAAUCUUUAUCAGACUAAGUAAAUGUCUUUAUAUCUUGAUCUCUUCAUUGUGCAAUAUUUUAAUGUCCACUUCCAAAUUUCUUGUUCCAUGAAACGUAGAGGUCCAAAUCUUGCGUGGACACACUUGCACGGACUUGUCGAAAUGCUUUUUCAAAAUCUGUGAACACGAUCGGUCUAACCUAGAAACGAACUAGAUGUUAGACUGCCGAAUGAAUGUAAUGUAAUAAAGUUGUAAUAAAGCAAUCUUACAGUACCUGGUCUGGCGUAAUCGCUUGAAUAUUGCCAGAAAUUGACCGGAUUGGUCCCAAGGCAGCUUCGCGACAUAAAUUACUCAUAUCCGAACCAGAAUAUCCU